AUGGCUAGCACACCCCUGUAUACCCUUCUCUGUUUGGGAACUGCCUGUGUGCUAUUCUUUCUAUCUGGAGGAUUGUCUCUGAAGUAUGAUAUAUUAGGAAGGAAUGAAUCUCUAAACUUCAGCUCGGUCUCUACUAGUGGGUGCCAACUUACCUAUACCAGCCGUGGUGUCAACGCUAGCUGUACAAAUCUUAACCUUCAUUCUGUUCCUGAAGGUCUACCAUACAACACAACAGUGCUUGAUCUCUCUAGAAACGUGAUUGAAACCCUCUACAAUAAAUCUUUCACCUAUCUUCCAGACAUCAUCAAACUUGACCUGUCCUACAAUAACAUCACUGCAAUAGAAGGUGGUACCUUUAAGCCUCUGGGAAUCAAUGAAAUACAUGUACUACAAUUAACACUUGGCUUUAUAAAGAAUAUAGUUCCACUAAACCAAUCUAUUCACCAUCCUCAUCAUUCUCCAAAAAUACAUUUGAUAAAUCUCGUUUCGAAUUAUCUGAUCUCCUUCCAAGAUUUUGUGUUUUGGGGAUUAAAUCAAACAAAUAUUCUAAAACUGGGAUAUAAUUUCAUUUCUACUUUAUCGAACUAUACGUUUUGUGGACUAGACCAGUUGAUUGAAAUAGAUUUAUCAGAUAAUAAUUUAAUAUAUUUACCUGAAGGCAUGUUCUUCUGUAAUAAAGUCUUACAAAAAUUAAGACUUAAUCGCAAUAAGAUACAAAGCUGGUCUGGAAGUACAAUUUCUAAUCUAUGCUCUUUGAAUCACUUAAACCUAUCUGGUAACAAAAUAAAAAAUAUUGAUAAUGGUACCCAAACAUUUCCCUCAUUGGAAUAUCUAGAUCUUUCUUUAAACGCAAUUACAUAUAUACAAUUUAUUCCCCUACAAAUUUAUACUAAUCUCAAAAUACUGGACAUGUCUAACAAUGAUUUGUUUUGGAUUUUACCUAAUACCUUCUCAGGACUAACCAACCUAAAAGAGCUCUAUCUCACUAAUGAACUAUUGACCCAUUAUUCCAAACCUUUCCAAUACAUGAGUAAUCUUCACAUAUUGGACUUAUCAUCUGCAAUACAGGACAUGACUUCUGAUGUCACGCUGUUUACAAAUUUAACAUCUCUUAAGAGACUGUUUUUAUGUAAAAACAACUUACAGAGCAGACAUUUAUUUGACACUUUGACUUCUCGAUCCCUAUUUACAAAUCUUGAAACUUUGUUGACACUGGACUUGAGAGAGAAUGACCUGGAUAUGUUAGCACCAGGAACUUUCAACCCCCUCAAAAAACUUGAGAUACUGCUGCUUUCUCAGUCAUCAGUAAAAGUGUUGUUUACUGGUGUUUUUGAAGGUUUGACUUCUCUUAAAGCAUUGGAUCUCAGUGACAAUUAUAUCUCAUCAAUUUCUGAUGAUGUAUUUCCAAUACAAUCUCAGCUUAGUGUUUUGAACAUGAGCAAUAACAAUCUUGGUAUUAUUUCCAUGACCCUAUUCAAUAUAAACCCAGAUUUUCAGAGUCUUUACAUUCAACACAACAAAAUAACUACAAUAAAACGAGGGACAAUAUUUCCCAAGAAUUUCACAAUAGAUGCAUCAAGAAAUCCUUUAGGCUGCACUUGUGACUUGCGUUGGUUUGUGAAGUGGCUACGCCUCAGCAACGUUGAAGUCAUCCAUCCAAAUGAUACACUUUGCUCACAAUCUUCCAUCAAAGACAUGGUAGAAUCACCAAUCCUGUCAUUCAAUCCAGAUAAAUACUGUGGCAUCAACAUCCUUCUUAUCACAAGUGUGUCUUUGACAGGUAUACUGGUUGUAGCACUUUCUUUGUUGGCAUACUGGAAGCGAUGGUGGUUCAACUACAAGGCGUUCCUUCUUCGACUUGCCAUUUGCGGCUACAAGGAGAUGGUCCAGGACUUUGAGGACCACGACUACGAGUACCAGCUCAAUUUAAUGUUCCAAGAGGAAGACCAGGAAUGGGUGGAUGACAUCAUGAAGCCAGUUCUUCAGGAAAGGUUUCCUCAUCUGGAGAGAGUGGUCUUUGGUGACAACGACCUCCACCUUGGAAUGUUCUACAUAAACGCUCUCCAUUAUGCUGUUGAGAACAGCUUCAAGACUGUUCUCUUGUUAAGCAACAACUCUGUACGUGAAGCCUGGUUUAUUACCAAGGUACGUAUAGCCCUAGAGGAACUCAAUGACAGCAAACUGGACAAGGUCAUACUGUUUUUCCUUGAGGAUAUUGACGAUGAGGAUCUCCCAUACCUGGUUAGGUUGUUCCUGAGUAAGAACAAACCUUACAUGCUGUGGACAGAUGAUGAGGAUGGUCAAAAACUAUUCUGGGCACAGUUUGAGAAAAGCAUGAGGUCCAAUAAGGAACUCAAUAGUGUUAUCCCUGUUUAAUCACAUGACCUGUCACAUGUAUCUCCUAAAUGUUGGCCUACUUUAAUAUUUUUCACUGAUGAAUUAAAUCACUGGUAACUGAAUGAUCAUAAGGGUCUUUUCCGGACCCCAUGGUCGCACAUGACACAACUUUGAUUUCGACUUGGCCCUGAUCAAAGCGUAUCCAAAGUCAACUCGGUCGUUCUUAGGACCCAUUUAGAGAUUGAAAGAGCCACAAAUAGUGUCAAAAUAUCUGGUCUAAGGAGCCUAGAAAACUCCUUCAACCAAUGCAUUGAGGUGUUUCAGGGACAAAUGAAAUAUGCAUUUGACUUGAAGAGUAUAAAUUGAAAAUGGAAAACAAUUAAUUUGUUGUUUCAGACUAAAAUUAAAUGUUAGCUUUCAGGCAAGACGGGUUGUAGAUA